AUGGCGAACGAUUCCGAUUCUAUGGUCGAGUCGCUGCUUCGUCCACUAUCAGAACUGCAGACUUUAUCCCACACCCUGUUCAUGUCUUUGUCUCCCCCACAAACCAAGCCGCCUCCCCCACCAUCUCUUGCUGCAUUCAUUGCUUGCGAUGAAGCAUUAGCAUCUGCUGUCAAUCUUGCGUAUACCCACCAAAUCAAACAACGGAAAAUCGAGGUUUUGAAAGAAGAGAUACUUGAACUCGACGGCCGAUGGCGCGAAAUUUGCACGCAACUGAAUGUGGGCAAGUAUGAGCUAGAGCAAGUGAUCGAGGAGGGUCAAGAGCUGACACAGUCGAUUGAGCAAGCGAAAAAGGCGUCCAUCCCAUAUCCCGAGCUGUUAGCUCUUGCUCAGAGCUUGAGCUCCUUCACUUCAGCACCGCCCAAUAUGUCACUCGACCCCUCACUUCCUGGCCAGCCUCCGCUGUUUUUCCCGCCGUUCCCAACCGAGGAAAAGCUACGCCGCGGCAAGCUAGAAAACGAGGCCCCUCUCGCAAUACUUGGCGAAACACAUUCUAUUGGAAGAGCUCCUGUGGUUUCGCCGCCCAAAGUGCUCGACCCCAAUGUCAAUUCCUAUCAACAAGAUCAUCGCCCUCAGCAGCAGCUGUUCGAUCUCGAUCUGGAUUUGAACCCAGAUCUGUAG